AUGCAGUACCUCUGCAGGUGCAAGAACUUCCAUGAACUCGCUGUACCGACUCCCCAGACGUUUCGGCGAACUUAUGCAAUCCACGCUGCCAGCGCGCCAACUUUUCAGGUCUUCAACCGACGCACUAAGUGGCUUCAGAAGGAGCGCGCUGCAUCCCAUGUCGAAUUGAGUCGUCAGGCAGACUAUCUCAAGGAUGAGGUGGCCAUGCGACUUUGCGAAAGACUGCUUGAUAUCAAGCGACAAUUCCCCAAGGUGCUGGAUCUUGGGGCCAAUUCCUGCAACAUUGCUCGAGCCCUGACACGCGAGAAUCCCGACCCAGACCCGGCGAGACCUGUCUCCCCUCCUCUAGCCACCCGUAUCGGCGAGCUUGUGGCAGCCGACUCGUCCCACUCUCUCCUCUACCGAGAUGCCGACCUGUCUUUCAACGACGCCAUCAACAUCACACGCGAAGUCCUGCAGGACGAGGAACAGCUGCCUUACGCGCCUGCCACAUUCGAUCUGGUCAUGAGCUCCCUCAGCCUGCACUGGAUCAACGACCUGCCUAGUGUUUUGGCGCAAAUCAACAACAUUCUCAAGCCCGACGCGCCUUUUCUCGGUGCCAUGCUUGGCGGCGAUACCCUAUACGAGCUACGCACCAGCUUGCAGCUCGCGGAUCAGGAGCGGAAGGGUGGUAUCUCUCCGCACGUCAGCCCCCUUGCGGACGUCCGCGAUGUGGGCGGCCUCAUGCAACGUGCUGGUUUCAAGCUUCUAACCGUCGACGUUGAGGACAUCAUUGUGGACUACCCCGACACCUUCGCGCUGAUGGAAGACUUGCAAUGCAUGGCAGAGGGUAACGCCAUCUUGAGCCGGGAGAUGGGUCCCAUCAGCAGGGAUGUUCUGUUAGCCAAUGAGGGAAUCUACAGGGAGCUCCAUGGAAAUGCGGAUGGCAGCCUCCCAGCGACAUUUAGAGUGAUAUACAUGAUUGGAUGGCGCGAAUCCGACGACCAGGCCAAGCCACUUCCCCGGGGUAGCGGCGAGGUCAAUCUCAAAGACAUACUCGAAUCGAAAUAGAUGGUGUGCGAGAGCGACAUGCUUCAUAUACUUCGCAACUGUAGCCUCUCGAAUUGUGGUUUAUUCGACGGAGGUCUUGAGGAAUUCCUGUCGUCUUUCAGAAGCUUGCAGAUGACUCUGCAAAUUGAUGUUAUGAUUGGCCUUGGACAGCAAGACAGCAGUCGUCGACACAAAGGCCCCGCGCUCAUGGUGUUGUCAUCAAAGUUAAGUCGUGGAAUCAUGAUUCGAGUUUGAUGGACAAAAUUGAUAGACAUCAAGGAAGACUGCCGUAUGCGAAGGCACACGCUUUAUAUCACCGACAGCGGUGUAUACCAUCGUAAACUCCAUUGACGG